AUGGAUCUCGCGAACACCUUCGGCGCAAUCUUACUCGGAACAUUCUUUGCAGCAAUGUAUGUUUUUAUCCUUCUCCGCUUCCACAUCAAGAUUGGUCGCGCUGAUGUGCCUGUCCUCAGCCUCUACGGAAUCACAAUCCUUCAGACAUUCAUUUAUAUUCAAAACAGCAAAAAGGAUCCCCUAUGGAGCAAGCUUGUCGUGUGCUACCUAUGGGUCCUGGAUACACUCCACAUAUCCUUUGCUAUUCAUGUAGUGUACUAUUACCUCAUUCUCAAUUAUUUUGAUCCCCUCCAACUGUUGGACGUUGCAUGGAGCUACAAGGCGCAAAAUAUAGUCGGCCCUAUUUGUAUCUCGUCUGUACAAACGUUAUACGUAUUGCGUGUAUGGAAACUCGACGCUGUUGUACAUAGACAAUCACGGUUCCGUUACUUGCUACCUGUCAUUGUCACAAUUCUUCUGUUUGGGGGAUACGCGGGAAGUAUAGCAUUUUGGUACGAGCUUGUUCAACCGGCGAACGAUUCUAUCCUUCAUCUGGAGGGCCUGAAGUGGGUUACCUACGUGCCCUUGUCGCUUUGGAGCGGAGUAGAUGUCACUAUCGCCCUGUCCAUGUCUUAUCUCCUUGCGCGCUCGCGCACAGGUUUCCAGAGGUCGAAUACCGUGAUUGCAACAAUCAUGAUGUUCACACUGAACACCGGUGCAAUCACAAGUGUGCUAUCUAUCACGUCUAUCAUAGCCAAGGCGGCGCUUCCUGGGGAGCUGGUGUUUAUCGGUCUCCAAUCUCCUCUAGUUCCAUUACACACCAACUCGUUCAUGGCGAUGUAG